UGAGAUCACGCGGUUUGUGGGACAAUGGAAUGGAAAGGCACACCAAAAACCGCGUAUUGCCCAAAGCUUUAAUUUGGAAGAAUUCACCAAAGACUUUGAUAAGACGACAAAGUAAGUUGUUCUCCUUGCUCUUUGCCUCCUCUUCUUCUUCCUCCUCCCAAUCUUUUUCUUCUUCUUCUUAGUUGCAGAAAAAGAAAAAAAAAAAAAACAGAAAAAAUGGUGUUAACCACCGUACUUUUAUUAGCAGUUUUAUUCAUCGCUGGCCUCGUUAAUAUUUUCUUUCUUUUUCCCACCCCCAAGCUCCUUGCUUGGUUUCAAUCUUUGUCCAUACCCUACUCCACUCCUACUACCACUCCAAGCAAGGACAAAAAUAAUCUUGUUAUGAAUAGUAUUAAUCCGCAGCCAAAAGUAGAAGAUCGGGCGGCGGAGCUGAAGCAAGUGUUUGCCACCUUCGACAAGAACAGUGAUGGGUUCAUCACAACGGAGGAGCUCAAGGAGUCACUGAAGAACAUAAGAAUUUUUAUGAGUGAUACGGAGGUGGAAGAAAUGGUGAAGAAGGUGGAUGCUAAUGGAGAUGGGUUGAUUGAUUUUGAUGAGUUUUGCAUGCUGUGCAGGACCAUGCGCCGUCGGGAAGAUGGGGGAGGAGCGGAGGAGGAGGAGGAGGAGGAGUUGAAGGAGGCUUUUGGUGUGUUUGAUAAGGAUAAAGAUGGGUUGAUAUCGGUGGAGGAGUUGGCAGUGGUGUUGUGUUCCUUGGGAUUGAGGGAAGGGAAUAAGGUGGAGGAUUGUAAGGAGAUGGUGAGGAAAGUUGAUAGGGAUGGAGAUGGUAUGGUUAAUUUUGAUGAGUUCAAGAGGAUGAUGAAGGGUGGAGGACUUCGAGUAGCCCAUUAAUUAGAAGUGAUAUUGGGAGGAUGAGAUUGAACUCGAGAUCUCAAGUCAAAAGAAGAAUGAUCUUAACCAACUGGGCUAAAAAAAAAGUUUAGCCAAGUGAGCUAAAGUGGCAUACGACAUUUAAUUUGUGUAAAUAGUUUCGCACAACUGUUGUCAGUUUGAGGCCAAAAAGAAAAACAAAUGCUGUCACCAUUUUUAAAGCCUACGAAGUUUCCAAAAACUCAUCUAUUGGCCAUGUUUGUAGUUUUUCUAUGUAUAUACAUGUGCCCAAUUGUAAAUUUCAUGGAUUGGCCGAAAGCAUAUUGUAAAUAAAUAAAUAAAGCUCAGCAUCUUCAUUGGCA